AUGGGUAAAUUCAUUCCAAAGCUGGCGGAAAUAGAUGAACCACUCAGGAAACUUAUUCAAAAGGAGCAUAAAUUUCAAUGGGGUGAAACUGAGGAGAAAUCAUUCUGUAGAAUAAAAUCUGCUAUCUUGGAGGUUAGCUGUCUGGGAUUCUUUAACGUUGAAGACGAAACUUCGGUAUUCGCGGAUGCAAGUCCGAUUGCAUUGGGAGCGGUCCUUAUUCAAACCAACUGUUAUGGAGAAUCUAGAGUUGUUUGUUAUGCUUCCAAGUCUCUUACCGAUACCGAAAAAAGAUACUGCCAGACGGAGAAAGAUGCCCUUGCACUGGUGUGGAGCGAAGAGCCAACCACAGUUGUAUUGGAGAUGAUCGACACAGAGGGAAACUUUCCAAACCACCCGAUAUUUGUGGGGAAGUUAAGAGAAAAGGGCUUCUACAACUUCACCGAAAUUACCAAGCUGGGGAAGUUUAGGUACAAGAUCGACACUGGAGCGGAAGCAGAGCUGAGACGCAUAAAGCUCGUGGACGCAAACUUGAGAGUGUAUGUACCCAAAAACAAGAAUACCACCAUCACCUUCAUCAAAGGAGUGCCUAUCAGCUUCGAGGAAGCUGAGAUGAAGCUCAACAUAGAGGCGGAACAUCCAGUAACUCAAGUACAACGCAUCAAACGUCGCGACAGGAACGGAGAACUCCAGGACACGACGAACAUCAAAGUCACCGUUGACGGACCACAAGUCCCAAAAUGGGUGAAGAUCUUUGGAUGCAAUUUCAGACCGGAACUGUACAUCUUUCCUAUUCGUCAAUGUAAGAACUGCUGGAGAUUCGGACACGGAGCAAAGUUCUGCACAGCCCAAUCAAGAUGCGCAACUUGCGGAGGCAAACACCCCUCCUCAGACUGCAAGACGGACGCGAAGUGUCCAAAUUGCAAGCUUAAGCACGGAGCAAAUGAUCCCGAAUGUCCGGAGAGACAAAGGCACAUGAAGAUCCGAGAAACGAUGCGAACAAAACAGAUAAGUUUCUCGCAGGCGGAGACCCAUUAUCCGAAGCUGCAGAACCGUUUCAACCUCCUGGGAAACCUGGAAAACGAAGACGACACAUUUCCAAGCCUAGCACAGACCAAUUCCGGAAACGGACAGACGAACAGAUCCUUCGAAGGUCUGAGAACUCGGCGUCAACAAAACAAUUCCCGCUCACGCGAGACAAGCCACGAACGAUCCGGAUCAACCCCACCUAUGGAAACCUCUGGCGAACAACGUGUAGAACCUCCGAUCGCAUGUUCGAGAUGCUAG